AAUGCAGAUUUACUAAAGGUGCUUUUCCUUAGGGGAACUAUACAGUCACCUCUCAUGGCAGACCUUGUGGAUCUGCUGCCAUAUGUCUGGGUUUUCUGUUUAACAAAAAUAUUGAGUGGAGGGGGAGCCAGGCCAUUAAGGAUCUGGAAUAUAAGACAUGCGUCGGUGUAUUGCACAAGAUUUUCCCAUUUCAAGAGCUCAUGCUUUCUAAGGAUGUGACAAUGAUGAUGGCUAUUGGGCUUCCUAUCAAGCACUUUGAGAGCCUGUUUGUAGACAGACUGAAUCGGUUUUAAUGUUGUACAGCAAGCUUGGGCCCAACUAGUCAAGCAGUAUGUUAAGUGGGGGAGUAUCAUAGAUUUGAAGUACAGUUUUGCUACCUCUGUAGUCAAACAGAGGCAAUACGUAAUUUCGAUUAAGGCAUUAAUGAGCGAGCCAGGACGGACGUAGUCAAUAUACUUAUUUGUUCACCACUUUUGAAAUGUACAGCGGCAGAACAUGGGCCGUUCUUACAGUGUUCUCCCUGUACACCAAGUCAGAAACGUAGGAUAUAAAAAUGGGGCAUAUAAGCAGACAACGAAAGCUUUUACAAUAUUCUAUGAUUACAUUUCUCUAAAACAGGUUAUAGUCUGGAUGUGCACCACCAAGUCAGAACAGUAGGUGAGAUUCAGAGGUGAAAAUAGACCCUGGAUUUUGGAGCUGCCCUACUCAAGAAAGCAUGUUUGUAUGGAGGCUUUAUUAACUCAAUUAUAUACAGUUGAAGUCAGAAGUUUACAUACACCUUAGCCAAAUACAUUUAAACUCAGUUUUUCACUAUUUAAUCAGAGUAAAAAUUCCCUGUCUUACGUCAGUUAGGAUCACCACUUUAUUUUAAGAAUGUGAAAUGUCAGAAUAAUAGUAGAGAGACUGAUUUUUUUCAGCUUUUAUUUCUUUCAUCACAUUCCCAGUGGGUCAGAAGUUUACAUACACUCAAUUAGUAUUUCGUAGCAUUGCCUUUAAAUUGUUUAACUUGGGUCAAAUGUUGUGGGUAGCCUUCCACAAGCUUCCCACAAUAAGUUGGGUGAAUUGUGGCCGAUUCCUCCUGACAGAGCUGGUGUAACGGAGUCAGGUUUGUAGGCCUCCUUGCUCGCACAUGCUUUUUCAGUUCUGGCCACAAAUGUUCUAUAGGAUUGAGGUCAGGGGCUUUGUGAUGGCCACUCCAAUACCUUGACUUUGUUGUCCUUAAGCCAUUUUUCCAUAACUUUGGAAGUAUGCUUGGGGUCAUUGUCCAUUUGGAAGACCCAUUUGCAACCAAGCUUUGACUUCCUAACUGAUGUCUUGAGAUGUUGCUUCAAUAUAUCCACAUAAUUUCCCUCCCUCAUGACACCAUCUAUUUUGUGAAGUGCACCAGUCCCUCCUGCAGCAAAGCACCCCCACAACAUGAUGCUGCCACCCCCGUGCUUCAUGGUUGGGAUGGUGUUCUUUGGCUUGCAAGCCUCCACCUUUUUCCUCCAAACAUAACGAUGGUCGUUAUUGCCAAACAGUUCUAUUUUUGUUACAUCAGACCAGAGGACAUUUCUCCAAAAAGUAUGAUCUUUGUCCCCAUGUGCAGUUGCAAACUGUAGUCUGGCUUUUUUAUGGUGGUUUUGGAGCAGUGGCUUAUUCCUUGCUGAGCGAUAUCGGACUCGUUUUACUGUGGCUAUAGAUACUUUUGUACCAGUUUCCUCCAGCAUCUUCACAAGGUCCUUUGCUGUUGUUCUGGGAUUGAUUUGCACUUUUCACACCAAAGUAUGUUCAUCUCUAGGAGACUCCUUCCUGAGCGGUAUGAUGGCUGCGUGGUCCCAUGGUGUUUAUACUUGCGUACUAUUGUUUGUACAGAUCAACAUGGUACCUUCAGGCAUUUGGAAAUUGCUCCCAAGGAUGAACCAGACUUGUGGAGGUCUACAAUUUUUUUCUGAGGUCUUGGCUGAUUUAUUUACAUUUUCCCAUGAUGUCAAGCAAAGAUGCACUGAGUUUGAAGGUAGGCCUUGAAAUACAUCCACAGGUACACCUCCAAUUGACUCGGAUGAUGUCAGAAGCUUCUAAAGCCAUGACAUCAUUUUCUGGAAUUUUCCAAGCUGUUAAUCGGCACAGUCAAUUUAGUGUAUGUAAACUUCUGACCCACUGGAAUUGUGAUAUGGUAAAUUAUAAGUGAAAUAAUCUGUCUAUUAACAAAUGUUGGAAGAAUUACUCGUGUCAUGAACAAGUAGACGUCCUAACUGACUUGCCAAAACUAUAGUUUGUUAACAAGAAAUUUGUGGAGUGGUUGAAAAACGAGUCUUAACAACUAACAUAAGUGUAAACUUCUGACUUCAACUGUAUAUAUUUUUCAUUACAUUGUUUGCAAACUGAUAUGUGACACGUAAUUAAUGCCAAAAUAACAUGCAAACAGGCAACAUAAAUUUUUUUUUUUUUUACAAGAAAUUAUUGAAUUUAUAUUAUUUUUGUGUGGUAAAAACUUGCCUAUUGGUUAAAUAUACCACAGCUGUCAGCCAAUCAGCAUUCAGCUCAUCUGAAAUACUUACCCACCACAUCGCCUGGCCCUAGCAAAUCCUGAUCCUCAGUAGACAGGCUGAAAAGUGUUUGCUGAAAAAAAAAGAAGGCUGUAGGCCUAUUUAGUACAAUCUGAUAACAACAUCAGAUUGUCAACAAAAUAAUGUGAAUGUUCAAUCUUGAAUUAAGCAAUAACAUUUAUCUACCAGUAGCCUAAUAAAAAGGUAUUGAACAGGCAGUGCUAUACUGAAUCUUCGAAUGGGAGAUUGACGAGGUUCGGGGCGUGUGUGACGCGUGUAGCUGUGGCAGACACUCGUCCACGGAGAAUAGAAGAGAGAGAGAGAGCGUGCAGGGGAGGGAGGAGGAACUAAAAGAAAAAAGUUCAAACUAAAAAUGGCUUCCUUGUCUUUGGAGUCUGCAGAACAAUCCGAGAAUAGCACGGAGGAGUCUACCAAAGAGGCCGCUCUGGUAAAAGAGGAGACGGAUCCGGAUGAAGUUUCAGAACAAUUGCUCAAAACUUUCCAGAACUCCGCGCUCAGCUUUUCGACAGAUCAAGUAGCAUGUCUGUGCGAAGCCCUUCUACAGGCGGGCAAUGUGGAUCGCCUGUGGAGAUUCCUAUCAACCAUCCCUCCUUCGGCGGAGCUGCUACGUGGCAACGAGACGCUGCUCAAGGCCCAGGCACUGGUCGCUUUCCACCGGGAAGAAUUCAAGGAGCUUUACGCAAUAUUGGAAAGCCACGACUUCCACCCCAGCAACCAUGGGUUCCUGCAGGACCUCUACUUGCAGGCGCGCUACAAGGAGGCGGAGAGGUCCCGAGGUCGUAGCCUGGGCGCGGUGGACAAGUAUCGGCUUCGGAAGAAGUUUCCCCUGCCGAAAACAAUCUGGGAUGGAGAGGAGACUGUGUAUUGUUUCAAAGAGAAGUCUCGCAAUGCACUGAAAGAGUGUUACAAAGGCAACAGGUAUCCCACUCCAGACGAGAAGAAAAACUUGGCCAAAGUGACUGGACUCUCCCUCACGCAAGUUAGCAAUUGGUUCAAGAACCGACGGCAGAGAGACCGAACCCCGUCCGGUACCAACAGCAAAAGUGAGUCCGAUGGUAACCACAGCACAGACGAUGAGGGUGAUGACAUCUCAGACAAACCAGAGGACAUUGUGGGCUCCACAGCCUCCAUCUCCCUCUCUGGCACCCCCUGCAGCACUGGAGGCCAGCUCUUCCUCAACGGGGCAGGUGGGUUCCUUACUGCCUCCCACCCCUUACUCAUCAACGGGGGCUCCCUGAUCUCCGGGGCAGGGGGUGGCGUCAUCAUCAACGGGCUGACCCUGAGCGAUGGUCACACUGUUACCCUCAGCCCCAUAUCGGCUAACUCACCUCUGCUCUUUAAUGGAGCGCAGGUCAUAUCCAAGAGCAGUGAGGAUAUGGGUCUUGAGGGCCAGGGGGUUAUGGCCAUGGAGGCCCAGCCCAGCUCUGCCAUCUCCCUCCCUCUGACAGAGGAUCUUAAGACGGACAAUGUAAGCCUGACGAACCCCUCAACCAUCCCCACCCUGGACUUCAUCAAUGUCCCAGAGGGGAUGGUUCUCAAAGCCGAGGACAUCCAGACAGUCUCUCCUUCCUCCUUGUCUUCCCCCUCAACAUUCUCCCCCACCUCCCUUUCCUCCCCCACCUCCCUUUCCUCCCCCACCUCCCUUUCCUCCCUCACCUCCCUUUCCUCCCUGGUUCUGACUCAAAAUGGCUGCCUCUCCGACACCCUCACCCUUCCGGUCUCUAUAUCCUCUCCGGGCGUGGUCAUCUCCAGCCCUGUAGUGGGCCUCCCCAGCCAGCAGGGGGAGUAUGUGGUGUUUGCCACGGCUGGUUCUCAGCUCACCCCCUCCAGCUCCAUCUGCCAGGUGGUGUCCUCCUACAGCUACUCCACCCCACAGGUAUUCUCCCUGCCUCAGGUGGUGCCCUCCAUCCAGGGUGUCCCCGUAUCCCAACUGGUCCAACACACACCUGGAGGCCAGGUGUCCCAGUGUCCCCAGUUAAUCCCAGUGUCCCCCCUCACCUCCUCUCUCCCCCAGGGCACCCUCUCCCAGUUCCAGGCCCACCAGACUCUGAACAUCGCCCCCCGCCUCGCCCAACCCCUCCCCCAGCAUCAUACUAGUUCUUCUACGUUGGGAGAGGGAACCACCAUCCUCUCCCUUUCCCAGCUCCCCAACGGACAGCUCCCCCAGGGACUCACACUCCAGCUGGGUGAACAGACCUCAGCUACCAUCCCCACUCUGACCCAGAUCCAGUCCCCACUAGGCCAUCACCAGAUCAUCUCUCAGUCCAAAGAGACAAUCCCAGGCCAGUUGGUUCCCCUCUCCCUGCCCCAGCUGGUGCCUGUCUCCUCCACGGGACAACUCUCCUUCCCUCAGGUGGGCCCAUCCACCCCUUCUCUAUCUGGAUCUGGUGGAGCCUUCCAGAUCCUAACCUCGGCCCCUGGAGGUGGGAUGACUCAGGGGCCCUUCAGGAUAAACCAGCUGGGACCCCUCCAGACUGUAGGCCCCCCGACCAGCAUGGCUCCUGCUGUCCAGCUCCUCAACUCUGGGGUCAUUCAGCUCCCCUCCGCCUCGCCAGGGAAUCUCCUCUAUGGUGGAAGCCCCAUCCUGAGUUACCAGAACGGCAAGCUGAUCCUAACUAUCCCAGCUGGCAUCCAGUUCGGCAGCCUGCCCAUGAAAUCCGUCGCUGAUGCUUCUAACCACCACACCAACGGAGUAGGCCCUGGACUCACCCUCAACCCUGUCAUCCAACCUACACCUACCCUCCUCCCAGUCUCCACCUCCGUCCCAACGUCCAACACCCUCCAGACGUCCCCCCUCUGCUUCAUCAACUCCUCUCCGCUCUACUGCACUCCUGAGAUGGGUGUCCCCACCAACCUGCCCCUCUCCACCACCUCCCCACACACCCUGGACCUCUCUGCCACCCACACCCCUCCCAAUGCCCUCACCCCAGAGAGCAUGCUCUCCCUCAGCCCCAUGUGCAGCGGAGUGACCCCCACCACUCAGCUCUCCCACACCACCUGGAGCCCUGUCCCCCUCUCCACCUCUGCCAGCCUGACUAUGUUUGACGUCCGUGGGAAGGGAGAUCUGCCCGAGGACCCGCCUCUGCUGGACCUACCUGGAGGCGAGGCCCUUCUACUAGGCAGCACCUCUCCAGAACAGGAUGUGGACAGGGGGUCGCAAUUGGGGGACCCAGUGGAGAUGGAUGGAGACCCCAAGAUCCUCACCCAGCUACAAUCAGUCCCUGUGGAUGAUGGGUUGGGGCUGUAAUCCAGUCUCCCAGCCCACACCACCACAAACUGUUACAGAACAAUCUGUAUGGUUUUGUUUGUCUGACCUCAGUGCUCCCCUGGCUAGGUUUGCAUUGAGGAGUGGACAGGCUUUGACUCGUAAGAGAAAGGUGCUUUGACUAAAUAAAUCCUCUGCCGUUGAUCCUUUGGAUAAACAGUCAUGGGAUAGGCUGAUUGUAUGCAACGCGGAAUGACCUGGAGGAUGGCCUUUCAUACAGGCUAGCCUAUUCCCUGAUUUGUGUUACUCAACUGUCCACUGCUUAAGUCUCCACAAUUUAAGCACUCAUCUGCCUUCCAUAAGCCCAGAGCCCUUCCUGUGUCCAAUCAGAGCACAACGUUUAUUUGUAAGGACAUUGCUACUUCUGUGCACAGACGUCCGUUUCAGCCAAGACUAUUUGUACUACAAGGGAAUGAAUGCCUUGGGUUUUAUAUGUGGUGUUGGUUGAGCAGUAUGCCACGGCCAGGCUCUGUCUUAAGUCUCUAAACACAGUCAAAUGCAGACACAGACGAGCGUUCAGUCGUGUUGAGUUGGUGGUUCUGCAUGGCUGCUCACUCUAGUGCUGGUGUAGUUUUGAGUGCUGCCGAGUAUUGCACGGUUUGGCCUCGGUGAAGGCUACAGAGAGUGGACUGACAGUGGCACCAGAGACCCCGGACUUCUAGCAUUGCGAUGGACUGUGUACCCCUCUCUGUCAACUGGUCAGCAGUGUCACCGCAUCAAGGGCGCCAGCUCAUCAUUUAACGACAUUUUGGUAUAAAUGCUAAGCGCUAUCGCAUCUGCGGUAUGUAGGAGGAAAUGGGAGUCCCCUGAGAUUUUUUUUACUCUAUGCAAUCGAUGCAUGUUCCUCGUGUAAAUAUGACCAUGUGACACAGAUAUGACAUGUAUUACAAGCAGUAUGUAAGCAAGUCUAAUUGGGAUAGACCAAGCUUUUAUUAAAGACAGCCUUUUUAUACACUAUGAAAUCUCAUGCGCGUGCACUACGAAACGCCUGAUCACAUUGUUGGAUAUUUCCAGUUGAAUUCGCCACAAUCGUACACUACAUUGUAUAUUGCGUCUAUGAAUGACAAAAAAUAAUAAUAUUGUGUUCUUAUAUUACUUGUAUGGGUUUGAUCUAGACCUUGUAAGUGCCUUAUUAUCCAGUUGCUGAGGUUGGCGGGCCAGUUUUCUUGCCUUUUAUCUUCAAAGUGAAGAAUGUGUUCUACUCUUCACAAAAUGUAAGCACCAUUGACACAAGCUACUUCCCACAUUGAUGUUGAAUGUGAGUUUUGUGAUAACCCUUUUGAACUCCAGAGAAACGUAAUCUAGUACUCCGUUGCACGUUGAGCGUGACUUAACGCCUACCAUGACAUAAUAACCAUUGAGAUCUCGCUGUACGUUUUGCACAUUUUCGUCCUUGUCAUGUUUUACGUCUUUGGCGAUGGCCAAAUUCUAUUCUGAAAACCUGCUGCCUUUUCUCUGUUCUUGACUAAUUGCGCUCACUGUUCUGAAAGGGGAAUAGAGAGGUCGAAUCAGCUAAGUUUCAGGCAGCCUCUGUCUAUCCUGAUAUCAGCAACAGUGAGUCAUGAAGCCCUGAGAGCAGGCGACAGGACUCCUAGAAUGGAAUGCUAUCCAGCGAGACGUGGUGCAGAUGUUCUCGCCAUAAACUUUAAAAUACUCACCAUCUCUCCAUAACCACAGCACAAAGAGCAAAUUAGUUCUCUGGCCAACGGUACAACAACGCUACUCUUCCGUGUCACUCCCAACUGUAUGUUUUUGUUUCUUGUGUAUUUAAAGCAUGUAUCAAUAAUUUUCUAGUAGUAGCUUUGGAUGAAAAGAAAGAGGUAUCCAUGAGGAAAUUGGACACAGGAAAAAGCAUCAAUGGACCUUCCCAGGGGCUGGCUGGUUGUACGGUCUCAGAAUAAUGUGUACAGUUGUGGCCAAAAGUUGAGAGAAUGACACAUUCAUUUUCACCAGGUUUGCUGCUUCAGUGUCUUUUAGAUAUUUUUUGUCAGAUGUUACUGUGGAAUACUGAAUUAUAAUUACAAGCAUUUCAUAAGUGUCAAAGGCUUUUAUUGACAAUUACAUGCAGUUGAUGCAAAGAGUCAAUAUUUGUUGUGUUGACUGUUCUUUUUCAAGACCUCUGCAAUCCGCCCUGACAUGCUGUCAAUUAACUUCUGGGCCACAUGCUGACUGAUGGCAGCUCAUUCUUGUAUAAUCAAUGCUUGGAGUUUGUCAGAAUUUGUGGGUUUUUGUUUGUCCACCUGCCUCUUGAGGAUUGACCACAAGUUCUCAAUGGGAUUAAGGUCUGGGGAGUUUCCUGGUCAUGGACCCAAAAUAUCAAUGUUUUGUUCCCCGAGCCACUUGGAGCACCUUGCCAUAAGGCAAAAGUGAUAACUGUCAUGCUGGGAAAGGCAUUGUUCAUCACCAAACUGUUCCUGGAUGGUUGGGAGAAGUUGCUCUCUGAGGAUGUGUUGGUACCAUUCUUUAUUCAUGGCUGUGUUCUUCGGCAAAGUUGUGAGUGAGCUCACCUCCUUGGCUGAGAAGCAACCCCACACAUGAAUGGUCUCAGGAUGCUUUACUGUUGGCAUGACACAGGGCUGAUGGUAGUGCUCACCUUGUCUUCUCCGGACAAGCUUUUUUCCAGAUGCACCAAACAAUCGGAAAGGGGAUUCAUCAGAGAAAAUGACUUUACCCCAGUCCUCAGCAGUCCAAUUCCUGUACCUUUUGCAGAAUAUCAGUCUGUCCCUGAUGUUUUUUCUAGAGAGAAGUGGCUUCUUUGCUGCCCUUCUUGACACCAGGCCAUCCUAGAAGUCUUCGCCUCAUUGUGCAUGCAAAUGUACUCACACCUGCCUGCUGCCAUUUUUGAGCAAGCUCUGUACAGGUGGUGCCCCGAUCCUGCAGCUGAAUCGACUUUAGGAGACGGUCCUGGCGCUUGCUGGACUUUCUUUGGUGCCCUGAAGCCUUCUUCACAACAAUUGAACCGCUCUCCUUGAAGUUCUUGAUGAUCCGAUAAAUGGUUGAUUUAGGUGCAAUCUUACUGGCAGCAAUAUCCUUGCCUGUGAAGCCCUUUUUGUGCAAAGCAAUGCUGACGCCACAUGUUGCCUUGCAGGUAACAAUGAUUGACAGAGGAAGAACAAUGAUUCCAAGCACCACCCUCCAUUGAAGCUUCCAGUCUGUUAUUCAAACUCAAUCAGCAUGACAGAGUGAUCUCCAGCCUUGUCAACACUCACACCUGUGUUAACGAGAGAAUCACCAACAUGAUGUCAACUGGUCCUUUUGUGUCAGGACUGAAAUGCAGUGGAAAUGUUAUUUUGGGGGGGAUUCAGUUAAUUUGCAUGGCAAAUAGGGACUUUACAAUUCAUCUGAUCACUCUUCAUAACAUUCUGGAGUAUAUGCAAAUUGCCAUCAUACAAACUGAGUCAGCAGACUUAAUUAAUAUGUGUCAUUCUCAACUUUUGGCCACUACUGUAGAUAAUGAUGACAUCACCACUUCUCAAAUGAUAUUAUACACGUACAAUCUGAAUAGGAUGUUAAUACCUGUAGCAUUCAUGUGCCAAAGGAAUGUUGCAAGUUCUUUAUUUUUUUUUAUUGGUGUUUGGACUUUUUUUUGUUGGUUCGGAGCGGUUUUUGUAGACGAUACUGUGCAUGAGUUGGACACUAAAGGAGUGUGUGUGUGUGUGUGUGUGUUUUGUUUAUCCAUGAGCCCAACCCUUGUCUACAUGUAGUGGUUUUUCUCUUUUAGUGUGUGGUGCUCCAAAGGCUGUUUGUGCACAAUCUCCUACACACACACACACACACGUGUGCGCACACACACAACCUUCAGCUGAGUUAUCCAAAGAUAUGAAUUUUUUUUAAUGUACUUUUUAAUAGCGAGUAAAGGGACUAUUAGAUAUUUUUAAACGUCUGUUUUGUCCUCUUUUGAGAGGUUGGUUUUGUACUUAAAGUUAUUUUAUUUUUUAUAUACAGUUUUAUUGUGAUUCUAAUAAACUACAUUUAGAAUA